UGCGUUCGUUUUCUCCCAGCUGGGAGCUGGUAGAGUCCUUAUAUAGGACUCUACUCUAGUCUACUGAAGGCUUGUAGUUGUGACAAGAAACGUUUAAAAACUAGAAAAUAAUCGCAGUAAAUUAAUUGAUUAUUUAGAUUAAUCGGCAAGAAAAUAAUUGGAAAAUGGUCAUUGUUUAAGCAUUAUUUAAUCGAUUAAUCGAUUGACAUCGCGCAUCCCUAAUUACAAUAUGUUAAAAAUGUAGUAAACACACGUAUGUACGUAAAUUCUGUAUAAAUUAACGUGGGAGGCAAUAAAUUUGUUCGUAGAAUUUGUAUCCAUUUACAAAUUUAUUAACUGUAUCCACAUAGAAAACAAAAAAAGAUUCCUAUUUGGUAUGUUAUACUACAGGUACGAUGAUGUCACAUCAUUCCAUCGGAUUAAUUGAAACAUCGUGCCAAAGAGCGAUAUUUUUAUGUAAAUUAUUUUGUCACUUAUUUGUUCACGUAUUAAACAAAUAAUAAACUCUAAUAAACUUCAGCCACGUAGCAUUUCAGGAAAGUAUCAGAUAUAAAUAAAAUGUUUUUACACUUUCUACAUGAAAGAGAAUUGUUAGUACAUACAUUAUUGCUAAUUGCAAUAAUACAAUUUCUAUUUCAGGGAGGGUGAGAGGGAAGGGGGAGUAUUUUUCAUUAGGUAUUUUUAAUGUCAAAUGCGUUGUCACAUUUACACGCAUACAUUAUUAAUGUAACGUACAAUGUACAAAUAUAAAAAAACAUAAAAUUACAGUAAAAUACAAAUUUUUUUUUACAGUGUCAAAGUAAUCGAUGUUUGAUCUCUUCAUGACAUCUGCGGAACAUUUUAUUAGUCUUAUAACGGUAACGAGUGCAAAGAAAUUAGCUACUGCGCUUGUUGUCUGUUUUAUUAUAUAUCAUGGUGUAAUACACCUUAUUUAUGGUAGCGAUUCUUGCAAAUGGUUAUUAACAGAAGGCAGAUACAAAGGAGACAAAGAAUGGCAACCAUACGGAUGCAUGAUGCACCAUUAUACACAAACAGACAGCAGAAGAUGCAUGAGAUAUCUAGCUUUCAUGGACCACCAUAAUCAUUUUGUAUUUACUGGUGAUGCUAGAGUAAGACAAUUAUAUAAAUCUUUUAUUUCACAAUUUAUAAUUGAUGGCAAAGCAUCCGAUCUCAUGGAAAUGCCAGAAAACUCCGAUUUGGGCUUCAACGAUGGGCAACUCAAGUUAAAUGUACAAUUUCUAUGGAGACCACAACUUGAUAAUUCUAUGAUAGAGGAUCUUAGAGGCUGGAUGGUAACAUGUACACUUUAUAAGACAGAUGCACCUGGCGUAAUUGUCGCAGGGGUUGCUGCAGCUACAAUUCUUGCAAAUAAUAACAGUGAUACGCAACUUUAUUCACAAUAUAAUACAGGUUUAAUUCGAUUGGUACAACCAAUAGACUUUUUGGCUAAAAAAGGAUCUCAAGUUCUAUGGCUCUUGCAAGAUCCUGUGCUCAAGGAAAGACUGCCGGCACAAUUAUCAAGUUUAGACAACAAACAGAUCAAUUUGUGCAAUAAAGCGGCCGAGAAGAUAUUGUCUCAUAGUGAGGCUCGUAUAUGGCAAAGCAGCAAAUUGGUUGGGAUGGGUGUUCUUGAACAAAGUCCAGAUGGUUAUUUGGCGAGUCCAUUGUCUCUUCGUCAUAAAGUCCAAAUAUUAUUAAACACAUACUGCAACGAUCAUAUGAAUUUCGAUGAUGGCAGUUGUUGCAGUUAUCCCGAGCCGGCAACUACUCUACAAUUGUUAAGUCUGUCUGCGCUUGCAUUAUUCCUAACAAUAGGAGGAGGAGUAUGGCUGUACAGAAAAUUAUGCAAGUAUCGUUCCGAAGUAGCCUAUUCUCAUGUUACCACUGAAGAAGUAGAAGAUAUGGAAGAAGCAGGUACUUCGGAAGUCAUUCAAGUCAAGCAACCCGAGGUACAAGAUUUCUAUACCCUUGUUACAUCACUGGCCCUCUUUUCCAUUAUAUUAGCUUAUUUUUACUUAUGUGACAGAACGAAUUUUUUUAUGAAGGAGAACAAGUAUUAUAGUGAAUUCAGUUUUUGGCUACCACUCGGCUACAUCUUAGCUCUUGGAUUAUUUUUCACUGAAGAUCGCGAGAGAGGACCGAGAGUAUUAAAUAGAGAACAAACAGAUGAAUGGAGAGGUUUAAUGCAAGCGGUUGUGCUCAUUUAUCAUGUCACUGGUGCCAAAAAUGUCUUGCCAAUUUAUAUGUAUUUAAGAUUAAUUAAUUCUGCCUACUUAUUUCUGUCUGGGUAUGGACACUUUUAUUACUUUUGGCAAACUGGCGACGUGUCUCUUGUCAGAUUUGCUAGAGUCAUGUUUAGAUUAAACUUAUUAACGGUAUCUUUAUGCCUUUGUAUGAACAGGCCAUAUCAAUUUUAUCAUUUCGUACCGUUGGUAUCGUUCUGGUUUUUAGUGAUUUACUUUCUAGCUUGGUUACCACCUAGAAUAUAUUCUGGAAGUUUAGCAGAAUAUGGACCAAGAGCUUUGCUGUAUUUUGCUUUAAAACUCUUGGGUCUUGUAUCGAUAAUUACUAUACUAUACAUGUCGGAGGUGUUCUUUGAGAAAGUUUUUGUCACAAGACCUUGGAAAGCAUUAUUCGUGACGACUGAUGACGAUAUCCGCGAAUGGUGGUCUCGUUGGAGAGUCGACAGAUACAGCGUAGUCUGGGGUUUGACUUUCGGAGCUGGUCUUGUUGCUCUUCAGAGAAUAGAUCACAUUCCAGGCACUGCGUUAUCUUCUGUACUGGCAUUAGUUUCUUUAAUAGCGUAUACUACUUUUACGAUUUUGUGUCACUCUGUAUCAGAAUGUGAGGAAAUUCAUUCUUACGUCGCCUUUAUUCCGAUUAUAGGAUAUAUCGCUCUCCGAAACGCAUCCUUGGCAUUACGGGGAAAACACUCUGCACUUUUAGCUGGAUUGGGUAGAAUAAGUUUGGAAACUUUGGUUGCACAAGGUCAUAUAUGGCUGGCAGCAGAUUCACACGGAGUACUUGUACUAUUACCUAGAUUUCCAGUUUUGAAUCUAUUGGUUACAUCGUUUAUUUUUAUCUGCGCCAGUCAUGAAAUUCAUAGAUUGACACACGUUUUAGCACCGUAUGCAGUACCGAACGAUUGGAAAUUGGUAGCUCGCAAUUUGCUGCUGUUUAUAGCUGUCCUAGUACCUAUCGGCAUUCAUGAUGGAAUGUUUUAAAAAUUAGGAAUGUCGUCAAAGAUAUAAAAUCAAAGAUUAGCAGUAUUAAUGUGUGUGAAGAAAAAACUUCAUAUCAUUAUUUAAGUAAGUAAAUGAAUAUGUACUACAUUUUUCUUACAAUAAAAGUUGAAAGACAAAAAAAUUGCACAUGUA